GCAGACAGAGGGCUGUAAAGGGUUAAUCACUGAUCCCCUCGUUUAUGAUGCGCAUCACUUUCACUCUUCUCUUUGACUAACUUUCUGACUUUGAAGUCUGUCUGCAACACAUGAGUGCACGUGAGGGGUCUGACAUGUAUUCAGCAGAGACCGAGUCUACUUUCAGUUUGAAACGAGUUCCUUACGGAUCAAGCUUUGGAUUACCAUGACCUGGAUGACUCAGAAUCCUUACAGACAAAUGAUAAGAAGUUAAAACGUUAACCUGAAUAAGCAGAAGUGAACUUCUUGUCACGUGACGGCGAACAGAGUUAUAAAGCUGGAAGUGAAAGUAAUGUGAGAGUGUCAAAGCGCGCAGAGAUGGAUAAGUUUAAGACUGUUCUGAACAUCGCCAACCAGCACACCAACCUCGGGUUCGGGGUCGUGGCCCUACUGACGGCCGGGGGGGAGCAGAUCUUCUCCUCGGUGGUCUUCAGGUGUCCCUGCAGCCCGGAGCUGAACUUCAUGUACGGGAUGGUAUUCCUGCUGGUGCCCGCUCUAGCUCUGCUGCUGUUCGGAUACAUCCUCAGUAAGAAGACCUGGAGGCUGGUGACGGGUCUGUGCCGGAACACGGAGAGGUCCUGCGGCUGUAAGAGGCUGUCUGCAGCGGGGUGCAUCCUGUUCCAGAUCAGCACCUCCGCACUGGUGGCCCCGUCCUCCUGGAUCGCUGUGGCUCUGCUCAGUGGAAACUACUUUGAGUGCGCAAUGACCGGGACAAACGCCAGCAGCUAUUACGCACAGACCCUGUGCGCGCAGACAUCAGCCCCGGAGCAGUGCGGCAAGGAGCUGUUCAGGUUCCCCUGCGGGAAGGGGGUCGGGGUCCCUGACGCUGACAGGGAGCAGGUGAUGCUCACCCUCAGGGCUCACUCUCAGAUCCUGGGUUGGCUCGUCAUCGCCUCCAUCAUGUUGUUCAACCUGCUGCUCACCUGUGUGGCUCGCUGCUCCUCUCCCAUCAGCUACCUGCAGCUUAAGUUCUGGAGGGCCUACACUCAGGAGGAGAACAGCAUGAUGGAUUCUUUCACCGCCAAACACGCCAAAGAGCUUGCUGAGAGGAACCUGAAGAGCUUCUUCUCCAAGUCGCUGCCUGCAGACAUCGAAACACCCUCCAACAGGGACUGGGAGAAGAUCUCGUCCCUGUACAAGUUCAGCUCCAGGAAGCAGUUCUACAGCACCCUGCACCGCUACGUGGAGACCUGCCAGGAGGACGACGGAGGCGUGGUGAGGAUGGCUUCGGUCCGGUCGGUCGACUCUACUGAUGUCGGCCCCGCUGUUCUGAGCUUUGUGGACGAUGGGAAGAUGUCGCUGUGAAGAGGUUUCCUCUCUUCAGUUUUAAAACUAUGUCCUCUCAAACAGUGCUGGAAAGGUUUUUAUGUUUUAAUGUAGAUGAUGAGUCACACCUGAGGAAUCACCUGAUGAUGAUCCAGCAAGAAUCAUCCUGAUGGAUGAAGUGGUCUAACCUUGCUCGAAUCUGAUUGGUCUAAACCCCUUCGCGAUGGUUAUUAACUUUCAUUAAUAUGAGCAACACCAGAGACAAACUGAUCACACGUCAUGUCAAAUCAAUCCCCUGUAACUCUGAUGAUUGUUUGAAUAAACGAUUCCUCUUUCUUUGUUAUUAUGCAGCACAGACCUGGAAAGACCUCCCAGAUAGUAUUAGACAAGCCCUGAGUCUGACCACUUUUAAGUCUAGACUAAAAACGUUCCUUUUUCAGGCCGCUUACUCUGCUCAAUAAUGGAUGCAAACCCAUUUUUAAACUUGAACUCAAACUUUUGAACUAAACUCAUUUUACAUUCUUUCUUUCUUGAUCGUAUAUAUUUUAAUAUUUUAUGUUUAAAUGCUUAUGUUUGUUCCAUGUCUUAUUUUAAGAUUGGAUAUUUUACCAUUUAACGUCAUUUUUUAAAUUAGAUAUUUUUCAAUUGAAUGUGGACUUCAAUCGGGGGACUUCAAUUUCUAUCUCUGUUAUUGAUCAUGCCACACACACAGGCUGAAAUAGACCCUUGGGUACAACAGGAUCCUGUAAACAUGCACCAAUAAAGAGAUGUAAGAGGGGGGGCUGCACGUAGACGAGCUGCUAGGGGUUCAGGGCCUUGCUCAAGGGCACCUCAGGAGGUGAACUGGCCCCUUCCUAUCCUGCAGUCGAGUUUCCAGACAUGUGACCCUGCAGACUGAUUUACUGCCAUCCACCUCCAGCAUCUCAUGAGUCAUGUGACAGAGUAUGAACGAGUCUAUCAGAAAUUGUAAGAAAACAUCAGAUCUUAAAGUGUACUAUUAAUUAUAAUCGUAUCGUAUUAAAUUGUAUUGAUCUGCAACUGA